CCACUCCCGCAUACACCCAGCCCGGACUCCUCCCAGGCUGGCCAUCCGCCUUCUCUCCUUCCCCAACCUCCCCACCUCCUCCCUGUGGUCGCUGGAAGACCACAGCGGUCACUCUCAUCGGUCGACGCCCCACACUCCUUAACCAGCCAAAAGUGUACCACUUGAAUCUGCUAAUCGCGUCCCACCAUGAGCAACUCACGCGUCUACCGAGCACUCGACACUAACAUGCACGCACGCGCCGGCAUCUUCGGAGGCGGUCUCCUUGGGGAUCCUUUAUCCGACCUGCCGAUCGUGGGCGGGCUUUCUUCUGUGCUCUCGCCGGUCCUCACGGCCAUCAGUCUCCCUGGAGCGAGCACGAGCACCACGGCUGCGACGACAUCCGUAAAGACUACAUCCACGGUCGCUCUCACGACAUCCAGUACAGCUGCAACCGCGACAAGCACAAGUGCAACAUCCACGUCCACGAGUGUUGCCACCUCUGCUGCUAGCACUUCUAGUACUGCGUCCGCUACUAGUACGUCGACGAGCUCUGCGACAUCUACAAGCACCCAGGCAGUCUCGGAUACUGCUGCCGCGACGUCCACAGCGCCGCCCGCUCCGAGCAACACCGAGACCAGCGCGUCGCUGACCUCCAGCUCCACGUCUUCCUCGGCGUCCGCCUCGGCAUCGGUGGCCGCAGACACCGCGAACGCCCCGAAGGGCUUCUUGGCAAACAAGGCGCUCUCCGUCGGCGUGAUCACGGCGGCGUCGCUCGUCGGGCUGGUGCUUAUUAUCGCGAUCGCGACCUGGGCGAUCCGCAAGCGCAAGAACGACCGUAUCGACCGGGACAUCCUCGAUUUUUCCACGGCGGCCAAUCUCAUGCACGACACGGAGAAGGGCGCGGGCGCGGGCGGAAGCGGCAGCAUCGAAGCCGCCUCGAGCACCGGCCACGGCAGCUCGUCCAGCCACGGUACGCUCUCGCUCGGGCCCAUGGAGACGUCGCGCGGCAUGUACGAGAACCGCGGCUAUCCCGCGGCGGCCCCUGCGUACAUCCCCCGGAACCAGCCAUCGCGCAUGGCGAACCCGUACCCCGCGCAGCAGCAGCCCGCGUACAACACGUACGCGUUCCCCAGUCAGGAGCAGAGCAACACCACGUACGGGGGCUGGAACAACUACGGCGCCUACGGUAACGGCAACGGCGGCGCGAUGCAGGCGCAGAACAACCAGUUCGACCAGGCGUACUCCGGCACGGAAGACCCGUACGGCGGCAUUGCGUACGACGCCCCUCAGCAGAACGGAGCCAUGGCUGGCGUCGGCGCCGGCGCGCAGGGCCAGGGCCCAGUGCGCCGCCCCUCCGCGCACCGCAAGCCCCCGCCGCAGCUGUACAUCGCGCCGAACCCGAUCUCGGAGGCCGUCGUAACGAGCGCACCAAGCCCGAUUGGCGCCCAGCCGAUGCGCCGCACAUCGCUGCUGAACUCCCCCGUCGUCGAGGGCGCGCCGCGCGAGCGCAAGGAUACGCUGACGCACGUGGAGCUGCUGGACCCGAGUGCACCGAAGGUGCCUGCAGCGUCCCCCCGCCUCCCGGACGAGUUCGGGAGGCUCGCGUCGGUCCCUGCGAGCAAGGACAGCCCGGUGGAGCAGCCCGUGCGCCGCCUGGUGGUGCGCAACGAGUGAACGGCCGCCGGCCUGUAAGCUCUGAGUCGCCCGCCCUACGACCGGGGAAACCGACCGGUGAUACCAUGUGCAAACGCAUGCAUACCUUGUAAUACCACGCGUCGCUCGCCCCGCCACUCACCACACCUCGCCACCUCAAACCCGCAUUUCGACUUCAUGUCCAUGCCCCCAUUUGCGCGUCCUGCCCAUGCGCCUUCAAACCUUCUCCCGCAUGUGUUCCAUGCCCCCGCUUUCACUUCAUGCCCGGCGCGGGCCCCCGCAGGCUCUGUUCUCGCUCGCUGUGCGUUUAUACCGUCCGUCUCGUCGCCCCUUAGGAUAUUCGCGCGCGCGUUCCUCCGCCCUCUGUCCUGACUUGCCGGACUGUCAGGCGCUACGGUAGACCCGCGGCACCCCGGAGGCCGCGCCGCCCCUUCAUGCUUUAUGAUUUUCUUUCAUGCUCUCAUACAUCGUCGUUGCAGCUGUUGUUGUGUCUAGCACCUCGAUCCGAUACGUUUUCCUUUUUAUAUUUUCACUUACCGCAUUCUGGAGCACACUCACCCGGCCGCCCAACCCCAUGUAUCAGUAGGAUAUCACCCAUCUAGCUCGCGCGCUCUCACUAUA